AUGCAAUUCUCUACUAUUGUUCUUUCUUUGGCUGCUUUGUCUGCCGUUGAAGCUGCUAACUCUUCUAACAGCUCAAACACCAGUUCCUCCAGUGUUUCUUCUGCAGGUGCUGCUGUCAACACCUACGGCUCUGUUGCCCUUGGUGCUGCUGCCGCUGCCGCUUUGGCUUUGUUCUAA